AUGUCUUCAUCCAACCACUUGGAUGAAGAAACACCCCUCCUCGCAGACACCACGACUUUACCCUCCCAAUCACCUCCAUCUGAAUCUGCAAUCCAAGACCCUUCCACAUCUGAAGCGACAAUCAUCCCCAAUGAACAAAGCACCAAACGUUUAAUAGUAACUCUUGGAGCAAUCUGGGUGGGUGUCUUCCUCGGUGCUCUAGAUUCAACAAUCAUCGCUACCCUCUCCGCCAGCAUCUCCACAUCCUUUAACUCCCUCUCUCUUCUUUCCUGGCUCGCCUCUGCAUAUCUCAUCGCAAAUGCAGCUUGUCAACCGCUUUCUGGUCGCCUCACAGAUAUCUUUAGUCGGAGAACUGGAUUGAUUGUGAGCAAUGUAUUAUUUGCCGCAGGAAAUUUGAUAUGCGGAUUGGCGAAAAACGAAUGGGUGAUGAUAUUUGGGAGAGUGGUGGCAGGAUGUGGAGGCGGUGGAUUGAUGGCUAUAAGUACUUUUGUAGGAAGUGAUUUGGUUCCGUUGAGGAAGAGAGGUGUGGUGCAGGGAAUCGGAAAUAUAUGUUAUGGAACGGGAGCCGGCCUGGGAGGGGUUUUUGGAGGUUGGGUAAACGAUACUUGGGGCUGGCGAAUGGCCUUUUUGGCUCAAGUUCCUUUUAUUAUCGUUUCAGGAAUUCUGGUCGCUUGUCUGGUUGAUAUUCCUCCCAAGAAGAGCGAGAAAUCGAAGUUAUCGAGAGUGGAUUUUAUGGGUUCUUUCGCGCUGGUUCUUACUCUUGUUCUUCUCCUGCUAGGACUCAAUUCUGGUGGUAAUAUCGUACCGUGGAACCAUCCGCUCGUCUAUGUUUCGCUCCCCCUUUCUCUCGUUUCGCUUCUUGGAUUUAUCUACAUCGAACUUUACAUCGCCUCGGAACCUGUUAUCCCAGUUCGCCUCCUCGCAAACCGUACUGUUCUCGCCGCUUGUCUUACAAACUGGUUCGUUACAAUGGUCGUCUUUAUGAUUAUCUUUUACGUUCCUUUAUAUUAUCAAGUCCGGGGUGAAUCUACCACCGCCUCUGGUAUGCGUCUUAUUCCGCAAUCAAUCGGAGCUUCUGUCGGAUCUCUUGGUUCCGGAAUCAUCAUGAAUCGAACUGGAAAAUAUAAAUCAAUUAGUUUGAUAACACUUGCAAUGCUUGUUAUUGGAACCGGUCUUCUAGCAACUCUCGAUUCUAACAGUCCGGAUUGGCCAAUAUAUCUAUAUCUCUCCUUGACAGGAAUUGGAUACGGUGCAACUCUCACAACUACACUUCUAGCUAUUAUCUCAGCAGUAUCGCAUGAUCAUCACUCGGUUAUCACAUCAGCUUCAUAUGCGUUCCGUUCCACAGGCUCAACAAUUGGUAUUACCAUUGCAAGUGCAGUGUAUCAAAAUAUACUCAAGUCGGAUCUGUGGGAGAAAUUCGGAGAUAAACCGAAUGCGGAAGAGAUCAUUGGGAGAAUUCGAGAUUCUUUCGAUGAAUUGAACAAACUCCCUGAGGGCUGGAAAGAGGGUGUAACGGAAAGCUUUAUGGAUGCUUUUAGGGGUGUAUUCUUGACGGCACUAGGUUUUGCGAUCUUAAUGGCUGGGGUGGGGAGUCUGAUGAAACAAAAUGUUUUGCAUGAAAGGUUGGAUAGGAGGUAG